GCCUUUAAAAGAGCAAGUCCUGCAUUAAGUGCUUCAGCUUAAUGAUUUCUAUAGAAAAUUUACCAAAACACGCUUUGCAAGUCUGAGCUGUGCAUGCAAAGAUAAAGGGGAUUUUAUAUUCUGGGAAAGUCUGCUGCCUCCCAUCUGUUCCUGGGGACCAGUCUGCGUGGAGUUCACCUUCCAGGCUAAAAUACCUGCCAAGAUGCUCCACUUGCAGGGUCCACAGAUGCUGCAGAUGCUAGAAAAAUCCUUGAGGAAGAGCCUUCCUGAGUCCUUAAAGGUUUAUGGGACCAUCUUCCACAUGAACGAGGGAAACCCGUUCAAGCUAAAGGCUCUGGUGGACAAGUGGCCUGAUUUUAAUACAGUGGCUGUCCGUCCUCAGGAGCAGGACAUGGUAGAUGACCUUGAUCACUACACCAAUACUUACCAAAUCUACUCCAAGGACCCCAAGAACUGUCAGGAAGUGCUUGGCUUGCCAGAAGUCAUCAAUUGGAAACAGCAUUUGCAGAUCCAAA